AUGCGCCUUAUUGGAUAUUUGUGUCUAUUAUUUGUUAUCCAAUGUCUAACUGUUGAGGCAAGAUAUCCAUUUAUUGAAAGAGCUGAUCCUGUACCAGCUGAAGCAGGUGCCGUUCAACCCAGUAACCCUCAACCAAAUCCAGCUCCCGUGGCCACAGCUGCAAGCCCUGGCCCCACCAAUCCUGCUGGGGCAGCUGGUGCUGGUGCCGGUGCUGCCCCAGGUGCUGCUCCCGGUGCUGCUCCACCUGCUGCUGCUGGGCCUGCCUCAGCACUAAACACUGCGCCAACUGUUUCAGCGUCGGCAAAUGCAAGCCAGACGAAUGCAACUCAGUCUGCAGCACCCAACAAUGUCAAUCCGUUUGUAGGAAAGCCAACCUCGGCUUCGUUCAGCAACGAUAUCCCUCCCGCCUACUUAACCUGGAAAAAACCGAUUCCAAACCAAACAUUCCCUCCUCUCUACAAGAUCGGUGUAUCCAACAUCACUUUUGAGUGGACUGUCGAUCCACAGAUCCUCAAGGUUCAGCCGGUCAAUAUUACUGUCGCCCUGGCAAAUCCUCAAAAACAAACCUUUACGGCUGCUGUUGUUCCGGGUACCGCCACAUCUGCCAAUUGGGAUCUUGCACGCCUCGCACCCGGAUCACCUCUGAUGGUCGGCUAUUACACCGUCUGGGUAUAUGAUCAACGAGGUCCCAAAGCCUUUCCUAGUCCGGGUUGGUUGAUGCCUGAUGCCAGAUUGGUGGUUGCUAUGUACAGUACAGAAGCAUACGUGGGAAGAACGGACUCCAUGUUUUGCCCCACAUGCUAUCUUGGUAGCGCCAGUUCUUUACGUGAAUCGUUUUUUCCUCUUGCUGCAGCAUUUGGUGUCGCACUGUGCACAAUUUACAUAAUUAUCAGCAACGUUAUACAUUUACAUGAUAUCUCCAUCGGUAGUAGUCUUUUCUUUCUUUCCAAACGAAACUAUAUUCCACUCGCUCAAGACUAUAGUCCACACAUAGUCUAUCGUGCUCGAUGA